AUGGCUUUGGAAGUGUUGCAGAUGCUUCGCGAACAGCCAGGCAUCCAACCGAACGUUGUCUGCUUUGGAGCCGGGAUCACAGCUUGCGCGAAAGGUCGUCACUGGCAGGGCGCUUUCGCUCUGCUCGACGAGCUCCGAGAAAGAGCAUUGGAUCCAGAUCUGAUAGCUUUCAACGCAGCCAUCACGGCCUGCGAGAAGGCCCAACGCUGGGAGUUCGCGCUUGAGCUGCUGAUGAUGAUGACGAGCUCACAUGUGGUGACACCCGACAUCGUUUCUUUCAAUGCUGCAGCUUCUGCUUGCGAAAAACGCAGCCAGUGGUGUUGGGCAUUGUGGGUUGCCUCGCAGACGAGGUGCUUGCCAAAGCUGCAAGGCUCGGUUUUGCUCACCAUCAGCAAUGCUUGCAUCAGUGCGUGCGCGAAGGCACGACGCUUGCGCAAAGCCUUGGCGCUGGGGUGCGAACCUUGGAAGGUGACCUACAACGGUCUUGUGGCGGCCUGCAGAAGCAGCGGCGGUGAGUAUUGGGACAUGAUCUUUGCCUUGAUGCGGCAGAUGCAGAGACGGCGAGUUGCCCCUGGUGCCGACGUCUUCGGCGCUGCUGCCGAUGCGGCUCUCGAGGCUGGGCAGCCACUGUUUGCGAGGCCGGUGAUGAAGCACCUUGAGCAAUGCUGUCUGUCAGAGCUGACCGAUGCAAGUCUAUUUGCUCGGAGCUGGAGCGACAAAGAGCCAACGCGAGCUGUGGGUCAGCUCCCUGCGGGGGAACCGCAUGUGCAUGCAUGGUCGGCCUUGCUGCGCACAGCCAUCGACGACACCGCAUUGGCAUUGUCUGCAGACGACAAGGAAGCAAUCCAAGUACAUCGCAACGGCUCCCCCGAUGCUGAUUCAUUGCUUCAGCUGCUGAUGGGUUGCAAGGUGAAGCAGGCAUUGUCCAAGCGCAUGCAUUGUCCAAGGGCACCGUCGCGGCAUCGUCGUGUGUGGCGAUAA